AUGAUACCUAAUAAAAAAACUGUUAAUAAAUCUAUGGGUGACGAACUUUCAAAAGAUUUAAACGAAUUCAUUAACAUAUCGAAAAUUUUCUUUGAAUUUCUUUCAUCAUUGUCAUCAAAUUUACCACUACAACAAAAUUUACAAAUUCAGCAGCAGCAACCACAACAACAACAACAACAGCAACAGCAGCAGCAGCAACAACAACAACAGCAACAAAAUGAACAAACAAAUAUAGCAACACCACAAUCAGUUAUACAAAUUAUGGGACGUUUAAUUGAAGUUGAUAAAACAUAUCAAAAAACAUUAAAAAAGCUCGAAAAACAUCAAAAAUACCAAAAUGAAAUUGCCAAUAUACAAAAAGAAAUUGAAGAAAAGGAUAAAUUAAUAUCAGGAUUAGCAAACAAUUUAAAAGAUAUAGAAUCGUUUUUAGAAAAUGAACUUUCACAAGACAAUGCAAAAAUGAAUCCAAAUAUAUCGAAUGUAAGUGAAAUUUUGGAUCUAAAUGAACCAUCAACACCAGUAACACCAGAUAUUAUUAAUAGAGAAGUAACACCAGAAGAGUUAAUUUCAUAUGCACACAAAAUUAGUGGUACUACCUUUGCACCAUUUGGGUACCAACCACAUUUACCAUUGAUAUCACUAUUUAAACCGCCAGCACCACAAGAUGAAAUGAUGAGAGCAUCUGUAUUAUUUACAAAACCACCUGCAAAUUUACUAAAAUAUUAUGGAUUAGCAGAACAAGAUGUAACAACACCAAUAGCAGUACAAUCCCCAAUCGCAGAUAAUACACCAAUUAAAGAAUCUGAAACUCAAUCACUUCAACAAAUUCCACAACAAGACACAACCUCUGCCAACGGAGAAAUUUACAAUGGUGGCCAAACAAUGCAAAGUAUUAUUACCCCACCUCCUCCACAAACAUUAUUACCACCACAACAACUUAAUAUUGACCUUGAUCUUAACCCAGAUCUUGAGUCUGAUGAAGACGAUGAUGAAGAUGACGAUGACGAAGAGGAAAGUGGUGAUGAAGAAAUUGGUUGGGAAUAG